AUGUCUGACUUGUGUCCUGUUUACGCUCCAUUCUUUGGUUCAAUUGGUUGUGCUGCUGCCAUCAUCUUCACCUGUUUUGGUGCUGCUUAUGGUACUGCUAAAUCCGGUAUUGGUAUCUGUGCCACCUGUGUGUUGAGACCAGAUUUGUUGGUUAAGUCCAUUGUCCCAGUUGUUAUGGCUGGUAUUAUUGCUAUUUAUGGGUUGGUUGUUUCUGUGUUGGUGUCUGAUUCUUUGAAACAACAACAAGCUUUAUAUACUGGUUUCAUCCAAUUGGGUGCUGGUUUAUCUGUGGGUUUGUCUGGUUUGGCUGCUGGAUUUGCCAUUGGUAUAGUUGGUGAUGCUGGUGUUAGAGGUACUGCUCAACAACCAAGAUUAUUUGUUGGUAUGAUUUUGAUUUUGAUUUUCGCCGAAGUGUUGGGUUUGUACGGUUUGAUUGUUGCUUUGUUAUUGAACUCCAAGGCUACUCAAGAUGUUUCUUGUUAG